AUGUCUCACCACUCACCCCAGUCUUCCACCGGCGUUGGCCCUUCUUCCAGCCCCUAUGCUGGCACCGACCCUACCUUGUACUCACCUGAGCUCGCCCGCUACACUCGCUCUGCUGGCUUGCAUCACCGCAACAACCUCAGCCAGGUCACCGUCACCGACAACGGCAAACCCUCCCUUCACAGCACAGGUGCUGCCUCUCCCAAAUACAAGGGCGUCCUUCCGUUUCCCGCUCCUUACUACCAGGGUCUCUUCGCCAACGAGCUCUCCGAGGAUGACAAGUCAUUCAUCUCGCGCUUUCAAUUCAUUGCUCAGCUUCCAGACGGCACCAAUGCCGGCGUCGACUCUGAGCAUGAGCUCUUCAGCGUUCAGCAUCAGAUGAAGCUGUAUCAGUGCUUCUCAAGCUGCGUGCCUGUCUACACUCGUGGCGUUCACCUUCGUUACGACGACCUCCGCGAAGCUGCUGAAGCCAAGGACAUCCUCACUCAACAUGGCUUCGUGGUCGACUGGAUCACCGGCUACGAGUUCGCUCUUGCCAAGUCGCAGGACACAGCUCAGCUCAACGAGUUCGAAGGCUCGAUCAAGGUACCGGUCGUCAUUCAGCCUUACCCUGAGCAUGCCGUCUUCGAGUUCACCGAUGCCGACCUUGCCGAAGUCACUGAGGCCAUCGAGCUCACCGCUGGCGUCUUCGGUACCGUCCGCAACUGCGUCCACAUCGAGACCCACGACACCAAGAUGACUCUCGUCUUUCGUGUCGAGUUCCACUCAGUCGAUGCAGCCACUCGCACUGUCCAGAGCUUGACUCUUGACUCGGUCUGGGGUAUCAAUGACGCGAAGACCUUCCGUUGGGCUAUUACCGAGCCUGCGCCUUGGUCUGGCGAGCGAGCCAUGAACUCUCCCCACCGCACGAAGCCUCGCAUCGACGACCAGGGUCGUUUUGUCGGUUACCGCCCUGCUGCUGGCCCCCUCAACGGCCCAUACCAGCGUCACCCAGCUGACCAGCACAACCGUGUCCGCCGUGAGCGCAUUCUAGACGGCAGCGAUGUCCGCACUACCAUCAUGCUGCGCAACAUCCCCAACAAGAUGGACUGGAUGUCACUCAAGACCAUCCUAGAUGAGGUCUGCUUCGGCACCUACGACUUCCUCUACCUCCGCAUUGACUUCAAGUCUGGCUGCAACGUGGGCUAUGCCUUCAUCAACUUCGCCGACGUCGGUGGCAUGAUCGCCCUCAUCGACCGCAUCGAGCGUCGCUGCUGGACUGCCUACCGCUCGUCCAAGGCUGCCGAGAUCUCAUACGCCACGAUUCAGGGUCGUGAGGCCUUGGUGCAGAAGUUCCGCAACUCUUCCGUCAUGCAAGAGACUCCAUUCUGCCGUCCUCGCCUCUUCCUGACCUACCUCGACGCCGACGUCUCCGACAAGCUUCGCUCCACUGGCACCGAGCAGCCCUUCCCUCGUCCUGACAACCUGUCUAAGCUUCAGCGUUCGAUGGACAGCGCCCGCAGCGUUGGUCUCUACCCUCCUCAUGGAUUCUCCGCCGUCACUGAGCACCGCAACCGUGCCAGCGCCUACGAUCGCGGCACUCCUCGCGACAUGAUGCAGGCUGCCAUGAACUUCGCUCGCCAGCGCGCUGCCCCUGUCCCGCUUCAAGGCCUUACCGACAUGCAGAAGCGCGACGUUGAGGUCUGGUACUCCUACAACCACGGUCAGGGUCAAGUUGGAUACAUCCCCUUCAAUUACAUCCCCAUGACCCACAUCGCCCAGUACUUUGCUGAACACCAGGCUUCUCCCAACUCGGUCGCUGUCAACCACCCUGGUGUCAUCGGCGCCCCAGUCGUCAACACUCCCUACAAGCGCGACCACGUCGGCACCUCCGUCACCACGCCCACCCGCCGCCCUCGCGUCAACGGCAGCCCUUCAUACCGACCGACUCCGCAAGAUAUUGUUUGCUCCAGCUACAUGUCCUGA